AAAAAGUUUGUGAUAGAUGCUAUGAAGUUGCGUUACACCUACUCUUAACUUUAUUCUUCCAUGUCCCCACCCCGGUCGGGUUACAUUCAUUCUUUUUCUUCUUCAUCAUCAGACUCAUUCUCCCAAGUCCCUUCUCUUCGUCCUGAACAGGUCAUGCAAUGCAAUACUUUGUAAGCUUCUGUGUGGCACUUAGAUAACUUCAUUCAACAUUCAGUUUUAAUGAUGGCCGGCAUAACAUCUUCGUUCUGUAGCAGAUUCAUCUCUCUUUUUAUACUUCUGUUUCAUCUGGGUUGUUUUAUGUUUACCGUGGAGGAUGGCGACCGCCGCCCUUCGAGAAAAAGGAAGGUGUCUCCGGUGUCUUCCCACCACCUUUCGCCCAUGGAUUCUCGCAGUAGAUCGCGAAAUGCUCUCUCGUCUUCGUGGUUUUAUCUGAAAAAGAUCUUCGCUUCCAAGCCAUGUACGGCGAGUAUGGACACGCAACCGGCGACGGCGACGGUGUCUUCCGCCAGAUCGUCCCUGCACUCCGUGGUCUCCGUUGUACUGCCUGAAAUGAUGGUUGUGUCGGAUCCUCAACGCAAAGUCCCGACUGCGACUCGCCCGGAGUCCGAUAUCUCCGCCGACCAUCAGUUCUUUCCUCUCCGAAACGAUAUCUUUCCGUGCCCGGCAUGCGGCGAAGUCUUUCAGAAACCGCAGAAUCUCGAACAGCAUCAAGCCCUGAAACACGCGGUUUCGGAGCUCAUUGACGGAGAUUCAGGGAAUAACAUAGUCCGGAUCAUAUUCAAAACCGGUUGGACCGACAGUGAAAAGAUACCGAAAAUUCAGCGGAUCUUGAAAAUCCACAACAGCUCGAAAAUACUGGCGAGGUUCGAAGAGUACAGAGAGUCUGUAAAAUCCAAAGCGGCGAGAAACGGCGCCGUUCGGAGACGCGACGAGAGGUGCAUCGCCGACGGCAACGAGCUCCUGAGGUUUCACUGCUCGACGUUCCUAUGCAAUUUGGGGCAAAACGGAAACUCCAGCGUCUGCAACCACCAGUACUGCAGCGUCUGUGGGAUCAUCAGAACCGGAUUCUCACCCAAGUUGGACGGAAUCUCCACGCUAUCCACCAGCUGGAGAGCACACGCCACGAUCCCGGAGGACAUCGAAGACGAGUUCAGGUUCAUGAAUGUGAAGAGAGCGAUGCUUGUGUGCAGAGUGGUGGCCGGCCGAAUCGGAAGCGACCAGGACGAAGUGGAUAAGGAGGACGGCGGAUUCGAUUCAGUGGUGGGCAGAAGCGCCAUAGGCGGCGGCGGAUCGCUGACAAGGUUGGUGGACGACGAAGAGUUACUGGUAUUCAACCCAAGGUCUGUGCUACCUUGCUUUGUAAUAGUAUACUCUGUGUGAGUCACGACUCACGAGCUUAUUUCCUGUGUUUGAUGUCAGCUAGUUCUGUUCUUUUCUCUGAUCAUGGACUAUUAUUAUCUUCAGUAUUAAUGUAUAUGAUCUAGUUCUGCCA